AUGGGGUCCUGCAGAGACCUUCACCUGGGUCCUCCAGGGGCACAGUCCCUGUCUCAGCUCCCCAAGAGGAGGAAGAAAAGAUACCUGCGGCAUGACAAGCCUCCCUACACCUACUUGGCCAUGAUCGCCCUGGUGAUCCAGGCUGCGCCCUCACGCAGGCUGAAGCUUGCCCAGAUCAUUCGCCAGGUCCAGGCUGUGUUCCCCUUCUUCAGGGAUGAUUACGAAGGCUGGAAGGACUCCAUCCGGCACAACCUCUCCUCCAAUCCAUGUUUCCGAAAGGUGCCCAAGGACCCUUCGAAGCCUCAAGCCAAGGGCAACUUCUGGGCAGUCGAUGUGAGCCUGAUCCCAGCUGAAGCGCUCCGGCUACAGAAUACGGCUUUGUGCCGGCGCUGGCAAAGUAGGAGUGUUCGUGGUGCCUUCGCCAAGGACCUGGGCCCCUAUGUACUACACGGCCGGCCCUACCAGCCACCCAGUCCCCCACCAGCACCCAGUGAGGGCUUCAGCAUCAAGUCCCUACUAGGGGACCCUGGGGAGGGGCCAUCCUGGCCCCGGAUGCCUCCUAAGAAAAGCCCAGCUCCAGCUGCCGUGGGGUGCACGGGGGAGGAGGGGGUGCCCACACCACCCUUGCCCUCCGAGAGGCCUCUGUGGCCUCUCUGCCCACUUCCUGGACCCAUGAGAGGUGAGGGGGAGAUGUCCCAGGGGGGGACUAGUGGGCCCUCGCCCCUCUCUGGGGAGCCCGGGACCUGGCCCCUCCACCUAAUGCAGGAUUCUCCAGACACCAGGGGACUGUCUGGAGGGGGACACAGGACUCCACUUUGGGGACAGCUGCCUACCUCCUACUUGCCCACCUAUACUCCCAAUGUGGUAAUGCCCUUGGCCCCCCUCCCAUCAGCCUCUUGUCCUGGCUGCCCAUCUGCAAACAGACCAGCCUACUGGGGAGUGGCCCCUGAGGCCCAGGCACCCCCAGGGUUGCUCUGGGAUCUCGAUGCUCUCUUCCAGGGGGUACCUCCUAACAAGAGCAUCUAUGAUGUGUGGGUCAGCCACCCCCGGGACCUGACUGUCCCUGCCCCAGGCUGGCUGCUAUCUUGGUAUAGCCUGUGA